AACUUCUGCCUGGACUGGUGCAAACAGCCUGAUGUGGGACUCCCAAAGCCAGAUGUGAUUCUGUUUCUUCAGCUGAGCCCGGAAGCGGCAGCGCAGCGAGGGGACUUUGGGAAUGAACGGUAUGAGAACAGCCCCUUCCAAGAGAAGGUUCUCCACUCCUUCAACCAGCUGAUGAAGGACAAGACAUUAAACUGGAAGACAAUGGAUGCUUCAAAGAGCAUAGAAGACUUGCACAGAGAAAUCAAGUCCAUUGCAGAAGAAACCAUGCAGGAGGUUCAGCAUAAACCUUUGGGAGAACUCUGGAAAUAA